CAGAUACAGUUCCGUAAGAUACUCAACCAGGUCCCCAUGUAUCUAUCCACCUUAUGGGACCAUCCACCAGACAGCUUCCCAGCUGGCGUGUACGAGCCUCCAUUCGGCAGAGAGGCGUCAACAGGCAUACCUUCGUUUCUUAAUUGGUUAUAUAAUUGGCGAAAUGCUACGAGCGAAAUACUAUGGAGCAGAAACAAUCAUUACUCGACCAUACCUACACUACGUAUACCAUUGCCCGGGGGCCGACCAAGACGUACUUAAACGAGCAUGGACUUACAUCAGAUCUUCAAAAGAGAGCUUAACGGCUUCAAAGCUCCGGGAAGCGGAUUGGGGGAAUUCACUUGAAGAUCUUCUUGAGAGUGAUCCAACUCAGUCUCGGGAUGGCAUUAGUACCAAAGCAAUCAGGAGCAUGCUGCUUAGUCAUGCUUGUAUGUGGUCCUCGAUCCGGAGUACGAAAGCUUUUAACGGUAUUCGAACACGUCUAAAGGUAACGAAUAUUUUUGGCACAAUCCAUGCUCAAUUCGGAAAUUGCUUGGUUCUUGCACAGUGCUGCGAGUCUGUAUGGUUUAAAGACCUUGACGGGUUUGCCCCGAUCCACGAAGUCCCCAAACUCCUUGAAGAAACGAUGCACAAAUGCAAGACAUACUCAAACCUCGCACCAGCUCUUGGCAAGGAUUAUCAGGUUUUACACAAAGCUUUAUAUAGCAUCAGAGGAUUACAGAGAUAGCUAGUACAUUUUCCAAGACGCAUAUCAUGCGCCGUGGAAUAGCAUCAAAAUGGCAGUUUGCCUCCCAGAUCAGUCCGUGACCUGGUGUGGUAGAG